AUGCCGCCGGGGCGAAGGGCGGCAUCGACGUUUGCCGAGGAGGUCAAGAAUGGGCCGGGACUGGCGGACUUCAUCCGGUCCUCCUCCGCGGCGCCUUCAUCUGCAUCUUCUUCGGCCACCACUACGGCGGCAGAUGUCGAGCUCGACCUGCCCUCUUCGUUCCCGCGGCACCUCCUCGACCAAAGCGAGAACACACCCAAGCGCAAGGUGUUCAUGGAAACGUACGGCUGCCAGAUGAAUUCGUCGGACUCAGAGAUCGUGAUGUCCAUCAUGCAGAAGGCCGGCUACGAGGAGACCGCCGCCCUGGACGACGCCGAUAUCAUCUUUGUAAAUACGUGCGCCAUCCGCGACAACGCUGAGCGUAAGGUGUGGGAUCGCCUCAACCACUUCAAGAACAUGAAGAGGGCCAACAAGCAGAGUAAGCGAGUGGUGGGUGUGCUCGGUUGCAUGGCCGAGCGGCUCAAGUCGCGGCUGUUGGAGAGCGACAAGCUGGUCGACUUGGUGGUGGGUCCGGACGCCUACCGGUCGCUGCCCUCGCUGCUCACUGAGGUGGAGAGCGGGCAGACGGCGAUGAACGUCCAGCUGUCCAUGGAGGAGACCUAUGCCGACAUCCGGCCCGUUCGCACCACCUCCAACAACCUUUCCGCUUAUUUGUCAAUUAUGCGCGGGUGCAACAACAUGUGUUCGUACUGCAUCGUGCCGUUCACGCGGGGACGCGAGAGAUCGCGUCCGAUCGCGUCCAUUCUGGACGAAGUGCGCCAACUGUCCGACCAGGGCGUCAAAGAGGUGGUGCUGCUCGGACAGAACGUGAAUUCCUACAACGACCUCUCCGAGCAGACCUUCCCCGUGUCCGAUCCCACGCAGCUCCUUAGCAAGGGCUUCGGGAGCAUGGUCAAACCCAACCCGGGAGGCGUUCGCUUCACGCAGCUGAUGGACCAGGUGUCGCGGAUCGAUCCCGAGAUGCGGGUCCGCUUUACCAGCCCGCACCCCAAGGAUUUCCCUGACGAUCUGCUGCACUUGAUUGCGGAGCGGCCCAACCUGUGCAACGCAGUGCACAUCCCGGCGCAGAGCGGCAACUCGGAGGUGCUGCACAACAUGCGAAGGUUCUACACACGCGAGGCCUAUCUCGAACUCAUCCAGCGCAUGCGCGAAGUCAUCCCCAACGUGGGCCUGUCCAGUGACUUCAUCUCCGGUUUCUGUGGCGAGACCGAAGAGCACCACCAGGACACCUUGUCCCUCCUGCGGGAAGUCAGGUUCGAUCAGGCGUUCAUGUUCGCCUACUCGAUGCGCGAAAAGACCAACGCCCACCGAACACUUCAGGACAACGUGCCGGAGGAGGUGAAGCAGCAGCGGCUGAAGGAGGUGAUCCAGACCUUCUUCGCCACGCUCGCCGAGAAGAGCAGGGAGGAGAUCGGCCGACGCCACCUCGUCCUCGUCGAAGGGACCAGCAGACGUUCGUCCGACGAUCUUAUGGGCCGGACGGACAACAACAAGAAGGUGGUGUUCCCGAACAUGAAGGUCGAUGCCGAGUACGGUGGCGCUACCACAGGCGGUGCGGCGGCCAAGGUGGAGGUGCGGCCGGGCGACUACGUGGUGGUCGAGGUGGAGAGCACCACCGGGAUCACCCUGCUCGGCCGACCCCUCGCCCGCACCACCCUCUCACGCUUCGCCCAACAAGGUGCCGUCGCGUCUUGCUGA